GCUGCUAGAUUUGUACUUCGAGUACGCUCUGCUCCGUCAUGACGACCGAUCAACACUCACACUUCCGCACGAAGAUUCCGCACAAGAGGUGAAGCAUGGAACGGACUAUAUGGUUCUCUUCCGUACUCAUAUGAUCUCUGGCCCCUCAGAUAUGCAACGCACCGACCAGUUGCACACUACAUGUGGACUGCGACUGAGCAAAGAGUGGGUUGUUUCCGAUGACGUGAACUGGCGUUCCGCUGAAAAGUUUCUCGUUCGUGUACACAAUCUAAGAAUUCGCAGCUUGAUCAGCCCAACAAUACUCACCGAGACGAUCACAACUAGUGAGAACGCGGUGACUCAACGUCUUCGAUCCGGUGGCGAUUACGUACCGAGACCAUGGCAACUCAAUUAUACGUUUAGAAGUUCGCCAUUGACCGAAGGCCUUCUCAUGAUUAAAUACGCGUACGCGGUUGGCGAACCUGCCGGGUGGUCUUCUGUGUUCAUGGUCUAUAGUCAUUUCGAUACGUUUGUGGCACGCUCGUGCGUAUCCCAUCGUUUGAAUGAUGAGAAAGAAACCGACAAGAGUGUUUUAACGGUUCAGUACGGAUGCGUACUCCUGCGCGAGUGUGUAGGAUGUAUGAUAUAUGCAGUGCACUAUCCAGAUGCCAAAAAGAAUAAAUCAAAUUUCGAGCAAGAAUUUUUCCCUCACGUUGCAAAUUUCGUCAAGCAAAAAGUUGCCGGAGUGUCUAAUCAACAAAUAUCAUUGCCUAAAGACGCACGAGGGGACUACAAGUUUGUUCUGUUAAAUGUCCGGUGGAGAAGUGCAGUGAACAUUGGCGAUUUUGUCCAAAUGCACGGAUUUCUGGGUGGGGUAAAUUCUCCAGAGCCAGAAUGCUUGUACGGUUAUUACCGAGCAGAGCAGCCCCUUCAUCUAAGCAAAAAUUUCCUACUGAAGACAAAUAACACGUGGGAAUAUUUUGUGCUUUACAAGCACCAUGUACGUAUAUCAGACACGGGUUUCUACAAGUGCGUCGUUUCUUCUUGUCAGAACUGCUCAACUAUUGUUGGUUUCGAAGAGCGGCUGCUAGAAGUUCUACCGGACUCCUCCAUGUUGCAACUAAAAGUCGAGCGUGAGGCAGCACAGGAACCGCGGUGUCGUCGUGGUGAUAUUUCCACCGUACGACCAGGAGAGGAGCUCCGGGUCAUUUGUUCCCACACGGUGGCACUGGGCGCCCCCACCGAUAGGUAUCAUACAAUCACCCAUGGCUUUGUGAAUGACUCAGUUGCUAACGGUAGAAUAAGUAACCUGGUCAUCGCGUCCGUUACAAACAAAGUAGAAUCGAUCACGCUUUUGUCUACGGGACUUGUCCGAGUACCCAACCUUAACGAACCCUUUAAGCAAUGGUACAUUCAAUGUUACUUGGUAGAGAACGUUGCACACAAUGCGUACGGAACAGCAAUCCACUCAAGCACAAGUACGGGUAAUGUGCGUAAGGAAAUAGUGCUCGAUGUAGUAAACAGGUGGGAUCCAGUAAUUAUCGCACAUUCAGUAGAAACGGGCGCUGGUAGAGUGGUGCACCAGUUGGCGAAUGCAGCGUCACGUGAUUCGGGCAAAGAAGCCUUCAUGGCCAGCGGUGGUGGUGAUAACGGGAAGCUGAUUGAAGAAGACGUCUUCAAGGUGGUCUUCACAGCCGACGUCGGUCUACCCAAGUUGAAAAACCGGGAAGUUUCUAGUUCGCUUGAUCACGACGAUUUGAUCAGCAUA